AUGCUUAAUAAAAAUCAAACAGCUGUGACUGAAUUCUUGCUUCUUGGAUUCCAAAGACUUGGCUCUUUUAAAGUUGUCUUUCUUCUACUAAUAUUCAUUGUAUAUGUUAUGACAAUAACUUUAAACACUAUUAUCAUUAUAUUGGUCUCUACCAGACAACAAUUGCACCUUCCCAUGUAUUUCUUUCUCAAACAACUGUCGUCUGUGGAAAUUAUUCUGGUUACUAUUAUUGUACCUAACAUGUUACAUGUUAUUUGGUUAGAAGGAGCCCUGAUUUCUGUCAAAGGCUGUAUCACUCAAAGUUACUUAUUUGUGGCUGUAGGAAGCACAGAGUGCUUCCUCCUUACAGUAAUGUCCUAUGAUCGCUAUGUUGCCAUUUGCAAUCCUUUGCUUUAUCACUCCAUCAUGGACCUUAAGCUACAGUAUCAUCUGGUUAUUUGUUGUUGGAUGCUGGGUUUUCUUUUAACCAUGAUCACCCUUAUUUUGAUGUGUAAUCUUCAGUUCUGUGAACACACUGUCAUUGACCAUUUCUUCUGUGAUCUUCCACCUAUUUUAGAGCUUUCGUGUUCUAAUAAUUUUGGUUUUCAAAUGGAAAUAGUAGUGCUCUCCAUCCCAUUAAUUAUAGUGCCUUUUAGUUUAAUUACAAUAAGCUAUAUUUGUAUUUUUAUAACUAUCUUUGGGAUUUCCACAGCCAUCAAGAGAAAGAAAGCAUUCUCCACCUGUAGUUCUCAUUUGAGUGUUGUGUGUAUUUUUUUUGGGACCCUAAUAGCCACCUACUUGGUUCCAAGUAAGGGACAAGCAUUGACUGUAAACAAAGUAAUAGCAUUGACAUACACUAUGAUUACUCCAUUAUUCAAUCCAAUAAUAUACAGUCUUCGGAAUCAAGAGAUGAGAAUUGUCAUGGGAAAAACCUUUAGGUGUAGACGUAAAUAA